GUAAUGACGUGGCAAAUGCAUUUUAGUCGGUAAGGUCAACAAGACAACAAGGCAUAGCAAAGGAUUUACUGAAUUAGUGAUCGUGUGAAUCCCCUUUUGGCGGCCACCGCCCGACGGUGCUACAGCGGCGGUAUAUUCUCCAUUUAGAUUUUUGUUUUCCGAUCACCAAUCAUCGACACAUAUCAGGUUGGUCAAACUUUAGCAUGUAAAAUUCAACAUUUGAGGAUUGUAAGACGGAGAGAGAAGAUGGGUAAAGAUUCAAAGAGCUGUAAGCAACCUUCUCACCAGCUCUUGAAGUGUCGAGCAAAAAAUCGUGUUGAAGAUAUUCAGUCGAUGCUCAAUGAACUUCAGGUUGCCAGAAAGGACAGUCGGGCUGGUGAUGUUGCUACAUUGGAGGAGCAAGUGAACCAAAUACUUAACGAAUGGAAAGCCGAGCUCAACGAACCUACUCCAGCUUCAUCAUUGCUCGAAGACAGUUUUGGAUCAUUUUCUAAAGAGCUUGGUCAGCUGUUGCAGCAAUUUGAAGUAGAAGAUGACGCAACAAGUCCUUUAACAGCACCAUCAAGCGCUAGGAAUGGUGAUAGCAUCCAUGCACCUGCAGUGUCAGGCUCUUUACGAGAUGAAGAGGUCCGCUACUUAAAUCAUGUGACUCAGCAACAAAGUUCUCAAGGUUAUACUCCACAGCAACAUGAAUUUAUAGGUCCUGAGCUCCAUGUAUCUCAGCAACAUGGUUUCCCGGUUUUUGAUAGUCAUAUAUCACAACAGAAGUUUCCAGGUUUUGACAAUCAUGGUUUUCAGAAUCACAUCCUACAGCCGCAAGAUUAUCAAGGUUUUGAGGAUUGUAAUGGUGCUGUUAAUUCUAUGCAAGGUAGAUUGAUCAAUAAUUUUGAAGCUCCAGGUCUACACAAUAUGCUGCUUAAUAAUUUUGAGAUGACUACUCAAUUAGAUUUUCUUCAUUUGGAUAAACACGAGAACCUUGACAGUGAGGUUUUUAUCAAUGCUAGUGGUAUUGAGCAUUGGGGAUUGGAUGACAUUUCUGAUUUCUCGAACAUGUUUCCAAAUGUUAACCCUCCACCAGCUGCUUUCUUAGGACCAAAAUGUGCCCUGUGGGAUUGUGCAAGACCUGCUCAGAGAUCCGAGUUCUGUGAAAACUACUGCAGUGGCUAUCAUGCUGAUUUAGCAGUGAAGGAAUGCCCUCCAGGAACUUCUCCUAUUUUGAGGCCAGGAGGUAUAGGUUUGAAGGACGGUCCAAUUUUUGCGGCUCUCAAGUCAAAGCUAGAGGGAAAAGAUGUGGGCAUCCCAGAAUGUAUUGGUGCUGCUACUUCUAAAUCUCCCUGGAAUACUCCUGAGCUAUUCAAUAUUUCCAUUUUGGAAGGUGAAAAGGUUAGAGAAUGGCUCUUCUUUGAUAAACCUCGCAGAGCAUUUGAAACUGGAAACAGAAAACAAAGGUCAUUGCCGGACCAUGAGGGACGUGGUUGGCAUGAGUCAAGAAAACAGAUUAUGAAAGAAUAUGGUGGCCAAAAGAGAUCUUACUAUGCUGAUCCUCAACCACAUAAGGACUUAGAAUGGCAUUUGUUCGAGUAUGAGAUGGAUAGCUGUAAUGUUUGUGCACUGUACCGAUUAGAACUCAAGGUUGCUGAGGAAAGGAAGCGGAGUCCAAAAACAAAAGUGACAACUGAUCCCCUUGUCGAUCUGCAAAAGCGGAUGGGUAGGCUCACAGCUGAAGUUUCAGCCGAGAACAAGCGUUCCGGUAAGGGCAAAGCUAAGUUCGAUGAGAAAUCCGACCAUUGAGGUCUUUUAGCUCCAAGUAAUUUAAGUGAAACCAAUGUUGCUGGAUGUGGAAGUCGACUCGAUGCUGACAAUAGGAAGGACUGUUGAUUGGAUACACCUAUUGCCUACAUAUUGACCAACUAAUAACCAAGUAUAUCGUAAAGCGUAAAUCUUUAUUAGUAAUAGUAAUAGUUGGAAGCACAGGGGCUUUCUUUUUUGAAGCAUUCUGUACAUUGCUUUGAUCUCAGUUAUUUGGCACAUCAGUUGGCUUCUUAUUAUGUGAUAUAUUUUAAUCCAUUGUCUAUGUUCUUGUUCUUUACAUGUUUUUGGUAGUGCUUAUUAUUGACAAAAAAUAAAUAAAUUAUUGAAGCUAAAAAUACUUCCUGUUUGGUGCGUCAUCAAAUCUUUUGC